AUGUCAUCUACUGUGAUAUUAGGCGCCGGAAUCAUCGGUGUCUCCACCGCUUACUACCUCAGUAAGCACCAGCCAACCUCAAGCAUCCACCUCGUGGAGCCGUCGCCGGAGCUCUUCGCCUCGGCGUCCGGAUUCGCCGGUGGGUUCCUGGCCAAGGACUGGUUCUCGGCUGGCGUGGCAGAACUCGGGGCUCUCAGUUUCGAAGAGCAUCGGAAGCUCGCGGAGAAAGAGGAUGGAGCGAGGAGGUGGCGGUACUCGAGCAGCACGUCCAUCAGCCUCUCUCCACCGUCAAAGUCCAAGAAGAAAGCCGCCGUCUGGCGCAGCGAAGGCUCAAGCAGGGCGGAGGCAGCGAGUGGCGACCGGUCACAGGGUAUAGCACCACCAUGGUUGUGGAGGGAGGAAGGCGAUUCCGUGGAGGCCAUAGGCGAAGAAGGCACCGUUGCUCAGGUCGAACCUCUACAGCUAUCUCAGUUUCUUCUGAAGAAAUGCAUAGACGCUGGCGUGCGGCUCCAUCACCCAGCCAAGGUCAUAUCAGUAGAAACUGACGUGCGAAACGAGCUCUCUAGCGUCUGUAUAGCUGACACUCAGUCGAGCACCGAGACCGACGUACCCUGUACAAACAUUAUCAUCACGGCUGGCGCCUGGUCCCCGCGGGUGUUCAAGGCAUUGUUUCCAAGAUCCACUCUUGACCUGCCCGUGUCUGCUCUUGCCGGCCACUCGCUCGUGGUGAAGUCGCCGCGCUGGACCGAGGCCCACGAGCCGCACGGCACACAUGCCAUCUUCAUGGCCGGGAGGGGUGGGUACUCUCCGGAGAUCUUCUCGAGGUUGGGCGGGCACAUCUACAUCGCGGGCCUCAACUCAGCGUCAGAGCCGCUGCCAGAGCUCGCUACCAAGUGCAGGGGCAACAUCUCGCAAGACGCCGUUCGGACAUUACGAGAUACGGCAAGGGAGGUAUUGGGUCAAGGGCAAGCAGAGGACGAUCUCGAGGUCGUCAGGGAGGGACUGUGUUUCCGGCCAGUUACGAAGAACGGGACGCCUAUCAUCAGCAGGAUCCCAGACGACGCGCUCGGUGCGGGUAUCAAUACUAGGCCAGGCGCUGAGGGCGGUGUCUACCUCGCUGCUGGUCAUGGGCCAUGGGGGAUCAGUCUGAGCUUGGGCACCGGCAAGGUGCUCGCAGAAAUGGUUCAGGGAAGAAAGCUCAGCGUCGAUGUUUCGAGUCUAGAACUCGAUAUCUGA